UCAUUGCCUGCAUUUCUUCUUUUCAGAUUCUUUCAGUCAUCUCCUGAGAGCUCCAGCUUGUUCUGGUGCUUUCCAUGAACUGAUUGAACUCCUGAUUUAUAUCACUGCAUGAGAUGUAGAAGCAUCUGAACUGAACACAGAAACAAACUCCCUCUGUCAGCCCAUUUUCAUCUUCUAGAUCACUUUCAAGAUGUCCAUGGGGAUGUUGCAAUGCUGAUCACACAGCUCUCCAUUUCUGGCUGCAGGCUCUGCAGAUUCUUUCUCUGCAUUCAGUCAGGCUUGUGCUCCCUAACAAUUCCUGGUAGCCCAUCAUGUUUUCUUAGGGUAGAACAAUAACAAUGAAAUCCUUACCAAUGGCACAACUGCCCAGCCCACAAGGAAAAGAAAGAACAAGUUGUCAAGUUCUUCAAACAUUUGUCCUGCUUUGCUGCAAGAGUUGUGCUGCACACAUGGUGUGGAAUGCCAAGAGAAGCUGCAGCUGGUGGCACAUCUUGAGACAGAAGCUGCACCUCGUUCACCAGGAAAGGUUCUUGGAAAGAGCAAACAGGCCCCGGCCCCAGCGCCGGCUGCUCCCGGGCCCUGCGGAGGACACAGGCGGCGCAGCCGCUGCCGCCGCCUCUGCUGCGGCUUCCCCGGCCCGAGCUCCGCCGCUCGGCAGCGCGGCCGCCGGCCCCGAGCCGCCGCUGUCCCGUUGCCAGGAGCGAACGCCUGGGGAUGGCCGGCCCGGGGCGCUUGAGGGGCGCUCGGGGGCCGCUCCUGGCCCCGGGCCGAGCGCUGACAGCCGCGUCCCGCCGGCAGGGAAGGCGCAGCAGGGCCUGCAGGAGCAGUACCGGCUGGGUUCGCUGCUGGGCCGCGGCGGCUUCGGCAGCGUCUUCGCGGCCACACAGCUCUCGGACGGCGCCCCGGUGGCCAUCAAAAGGGUGCCACGGAACCGCGUCCUGCACUGGGGCGAGCUGCCCGACGGCACCAGCGCACCCCUGGAGGUGGUGCUGCUGGCCAAGGUGUCCACUGGCUUCCCCGGUGUCGUCCAGCUGCUGGAGUGGCUUGAGCUCCCCAACGACAUCGUGAUGGUGCUGGAGCGCCCAAAGCGGUCUCAGGACCUGCACCAUUUCAUUCGGGCACGGGGGUUCCUGUCCGAGGAGGUGGCGCGGGAGCUGUUCCGCCAGGUGCUGGAGGCCGUGCGGCACUGCACCAGCUGCGGGGUCCUCCACAGGGACAUCAAACCACGGAACAUCUUGGUUGACCUGGCCACCGGGGAGGCUAAAUUGAUCGACUUUGGCUGUGGCACCUACCUGCAAGACACAGCCUACACUCACUUUGCAGGAACACGGUCAUACAGCCCCCCGGAAUGGAUGCAUUUUGGCUGGUACUACGGCAAGCCAGCUACUCUCUGGUCCCUGGGCAUCAUGCUGCACCAGAUGGUCUGCGGGGAGCACCCUUUCAGGGGGUGCCAGAACAUCAGCUGGGACCAUCAGCUCUCGCUGCCACAACGGCUCUCUCCAGAGUGCCAAGAUCUGAUCAGGAGGUGUUUAUCCAUGCUGGACAUGGAAAGGCCCUCGUUAGAAGAGCUGUUGUGUGAUCCCUGGAUGCAGGACGUUCAUCUGCCCUAGAAGAAGGGAAAGAGCCACAGGCACACUUUGAUGCAAGGCCCUGCUGGGGCCCUGGGCAGAACCCUGACAGCCUGGUCUCAGCCCCAGGGAAGGAGAAGGAGCCCCUGGAGAAGCUGUAGCAGGUGGGACUGCUGCUGCUGGAGACAGCGAGGACACCAUCAAGGAUGACAACCUCUUGCUCCACCUGGUCACCGGCAGGCUGAAGAUGACGGCACUUUGAUUCUGGCACCUUCUCCAAAGCCAGGCUCCACAGGGAAUUUGCAGAUGAGUCCACACGCAGGGGAUGCUCCCGGAUUUGGGCAUUGCACAGCCUGGCCGGGAACCAAAGGUUCCCCCUUUGCUGGGGCGGAUGCAGCUGAUCCUUCAGUCGGCUGCCCAGCUGCUUUUGGCAGGGCUCGGGGCAUGGGCUGGGGUGGGUACGAAAUGGGAGUGGGCUCCUGGCCCUGCCAACAGCCCCCACCACCCACCGUGCCCCGGGCUGGGCCCGGGGCUGGGGCAGCCAGCCCGACACAAACCAACCCCCCAUGGUGGGAGCAGAGGUGGGACUCCAGAACCUGUGCAGGGGCUGCUUUGAUUUGCAGGCAAGGAAGGGCUUGGGCUGCUCCUUUGCCCUUGUUUGCUUUGGGAUCACUCUUAUUUUGGGGGGCAGUGCAGGGGGAAGGGAGAAAGCCUGGGCUUCCUUCACCCGUGGGUGAGUUUUUCCCUGGCAUGCAGGGGUUGGGCCUUCCUCAAGCCCCAGACAGAGAUAUGAUUUUUGACCUUUUUUCUUGUUUCCCCUUUUUGUCUGUAAUCUACUUUCAAUAAUUUGUUGUGUGUUUUUCUAGAGGAAGCGUUCUAGGUGAGGUCCAGUCUGGAUGGGGAAGUGCUUGGGAGCAGCUGCGGCGUGGAUGGGCCGUGCCCUUGGAGAAGGCUGAGGACGUCGUUUGGGACCAGCUUUUCUUCCAGCGGUGGAUGGCGUCAGACGGGCUCUGCGGAUGCUGAGGCUGCUCUGGGCUCUGCCAGGGCUCUGCUGGAGCUCAGCACCGGGCCCCAAUCAGCCCAAGAAGAAAUGGUGUGACCUGCAGCACAGACUUGCUUGAGCAUUUCAGCAACACAGCUCAAGUUUCCAGAGUGUACACCUCCAAGGGAAAACA